UUUUUUCUGCCGAAGUAGAGUGAGCUUCAGAGAAUCUCUUCUCUUUUUUCUCUGAAAAGACUAAUUUUUCAUUUCUAGCUCGCAUUUCAUCAGAAAAAUAAUGGCAAUUGGCUUCCAUUUCACCAUUAUUCUGUUUUCUUUAUUUUCUGUUCUGAGCUUCACCUUUACUUUUGCCCAUUUCAUACCAAGAUUUCCUACUUCAGCGGUGCAUCCAGAGCUGAACUUUAACUCUGAUUCUGCCCAAAAUGGGCUUUACAGAACAAAGUUCUUCACCCAAACACUUGAUCACUUCAAUUACAAUCCCCAGAGCUACCAAACAUUUCAAGAAAGAUAUCUAAUCAAUGAUACCUAUUGGGGCGGUGCCAAGAAGAAAGCUCCAAUCUUUGUGUACACAGGAAAUGAAGGGGACAUAGAAUGGUUCACACAGAACACAGGCUUUAUGUUCGAAAAAGCACCUUAUUUUCAAGCCCUUUUGGUUUUUAUUGAGCAUAGAUUCUAUGGAAAAUCAUUACCAUUUGGUGGAAACCAAAAGGUUGCAUAUGCAAAUAGCAGCACACUUGGAUAUCUGAGCUCCACGCAGGCAUUAGCUGAUUAUGCCACUCUCAUCAUUGAUCUGAAGAAGAAUUUGUCAGCAACUGACUCCCCUGUUGUGGUUUUUGGAGGAUCCUAUGGAGGAAUGUUGGCUGCCUGGUUCAGGAUGAAGUAUCCUCACGUUGCCAUUGGAGCCUUAGCAUCCUCUGCUCCAAUCCUCCAAUUUAUGGAUUUGGUUUCACCAGAUAUCUUUGACAGCAUCAUCACACAAGACUUCAGGGGCGAGAGUGAGAAUUGUUACAAAGUGUUAAAAGGGUCUUGGCAACUAAUUGAAGACACUGCCAACAAACACGGAGGACUGGAACUACUCCGGAAAUCAUUCAGAAUAUGCAAGAAUGAUAUUGGCGCAGGUGACUUGGAGGAUUGGCUUCAGACGGCGUUGGUUUAUACGGCCAUGACAGAUUAUCCGACCCCAUCCAAUUUCCUGAAUCCCUUGCCUGCGUAUCCAGUGAGAAAGAUGUGCGAGGCGAUUGACAGCUCAGUCACGGAAAAUAAUACAUUUUCCAAGUUGUAUGCUGCAGCAAAUAUCUACUACAACUACACUGGCACUGCCACGUGUUUCGAUUUGGAUGAUAAUUCGGAUCCUCAUGGUCUUGCUGAAUGGCAGUGGCAGGCCUGUACGGAGAUGAUAAUGCCCGUAGGUGGAAGCAAUAACGAGAGCAUAUUCCCGGAAUAUGUAUGGUCAUACAAAACUAGAUACGAUUACUGCAAAAGUGCGUACAACGUAGAGCCAAGACCCCAUUGGAUUACAACCGAGUUUGGUGGCCAUGAUAUUGGGAGUGUUUUGAAAAGGUUUGCGAGCAACAUUAUCUUCUUUAAUGGUUUAAGAGACCCUUGGAGUGGUGGAGGGGUGUUAAAGACUAUAUCAAAAACUUUAGUUGCUAUAGUUGCAAAAGAAGGAGCUCAUCAUGUAGACCUAAGGUUCUCAACUAAGGAAGACCCAAAGUGGCUUAAAGAUGUAAGGAAAAAAGAGGUGAAGAUCAUAGCAAGUUGGAUCUCAAAAUAUCAUCAAGACCUACAAUCCAAUAAUUAAGGAGUUGUUCUCAUUAUUUGGCUUAUCUUUGGAGGUAUUGUAAUUGAUUAUUGUCAAAUGAAACAACAAUGAAGGAUUCCUAGAAUAAAAAGCACGAAUCUUGUGCUGGUUCUCAU